CUCAAAUCCACGUCCAUCAAAUGACACCUUUCUCCGUAUUCCCAAUCCAGCGCUGUCCUCUCCCAGUCCCAUCCACUUCACUCUCUCACUUCCAUGGCCUCUCGUCUUCCCCCUUUCAUUUUCACUAUUCAAUACGACAGUCCAAAUUCCAAAAUUACAAUUCCUCCUUUCUUUCCUCUCAACAGGAAAUAAAGAUUCUCUGUGAUUGACAGCCCCUUCUUGGUUUACUCCGUUUUCUCUCGCCUGUGAGUGUCACUAGAACAUGGCACCGGGGCGACCACGACGCCUAUUUCUUCGCAAUCAUUUGGAAUUUCUUGUCUGAUUUCUUCAGACAAUGGACGGCCUGAGAGCUCGGAUGUGUUAGUUUUUUUGGUUUCAUUGGUUUUCGUUUCGAUUUUGAAUUUGGGUUGUUCGUAUGGGCAAUUUUGGUCGUUAUGAUAUCUUCUGGGUUAACUUGGUGAUGACUGUGAUUGGAUUUGCGAUGAGCACUAUGUUCAUCGUUUUCGUUUGCACUAGACUUAUAUGUGCUCGAAUUCACUUGAAUGCUUCUCGCCGAUCCCUCCUUAUUGCUUCCAGAUCCGAUCUGAGUCUGGUAAACCUGGAGCGGGGAUUUCAUGGUCUUGAACCCACAUCAGUAGAGAACUUCCCAACGAAGAAGUACAGUGAUGGAUGCUUUGCUGCUGCAGAAAAUUCUCAAUGUACAGUUUGUCUCUCUGAAUACCAAGGUGAGGAUGUACUGCGCAUCCUCCCAUAUUGUGGACACUUCUUCCAUGCAACCUGCAUAGACCUAUGGCUGCAGCAGCAUUCGACAUGCCCUGUAUGUCGAAUCUCUUUACGCAAAUCAUCGGAGAGAAAGCGCGUAAUGCAGCCAUUAUUUAGUGCCGUUGUUCAAUCUAAUUUUGGCGUGGAAUCUAUUCCCACUCAUCCUUUUCACUGUAUGAUGGCUAAUGAUAAUGAGUUAUCAUCAAGAAACCUGGACAUGCAUGGUGUGAACCCUGUACAAGAGGAUCAUUUUGCACCUGAAGGUGGUGGAACCGUUGGUACAGAGAAUGCCACCAAUAUAAGUCAUGGUGAUCAGUCCAUGAAAGAUACAGGAAAGAAGCAUUUAGACAGCACAUCAAUAAUCCCCUUAAGCUAAUGUGGUCUGAACACAAAAUUGAGGUAGGGUUGCAGUAAAAUGCAAAUGGAAGCUGAUGUGGUCUGAAUACAAAAUGGUUGGAGUAAAAUGCAAUUGGAUGCUGGGGGCUGCUUCUUGCUUUUUACUGUCAAUUAAUUUACUGUACAUUUGGUAGAGAUUUUCUUCUUGUCUCACUGUCUUCUUUCUUGCUUUUUCCUCCUAGACAUUGGAUGUUAGUUUGCAUUGAAGGGUUGUAAUUCCUCUCUUUCUCAUUCAUCUGACUUUUAUAUGGAGCUGUUCACUGGUAGGGGAAUGACACUUAAAUCUCAAAAACUGAAUUUAAUGACAGUUAGGUUUUAAAAUUA